ACAAACUCGAGAGAAUCAAGAAGAUAGGGCGCAGAGAGAGAGAGAGAGAGAGAGAGAGAGAGAGAUGGAACAACGAGAUAGUAGUGAUACAAGGUUACAUGACAAGAAGAAGAACAAGGAUGAUGAGGAAGAAGUGGUGCUUCCCGGGUUCCGGUUUUACCCGACCGACGAAGAGCUUGUCGGGUUCUAUCUUCGCCGGAAGGUGGAGAAGAAGCCUCUCAAGAUCGAGUUCAUCAAGCAGGUCGAUAUCUACAAGUACGAUCCCUGGGAUCUCCAUGAUGUUAGCAAAAUGGGAGAGAAAGAAGGCUACUUCUUCUGCAUCAGAGGGAGGAAGUACAAAAACAGCAUAAGGCCAAAUAGAGUGACUGGAUCCGGAUUUUGGAAGGCCACGGGCAUCGACAAGCCCAUAUAUUCCGGUAAAUAUCCCCACAAUUGCGUCGGCCUCAAGAAGACUCUUGUUUACUACCGCGGCUCGGCUGGCAGAGGUACCAAAACUGACUGGAUGAUGCACGAGUUCCGGCUGCCGCCUGUGGAGAAAGGCGGUGAUCUAUCAGAUGCAAAUGACACAGUCACUGAAGAAGCAGAAGUAUGGACGCUUUGCAGAAUUUUCAAACGCAUAUCCUCUAGCAGAAAAUACAUUGCAACAACAGAAUGCAAAGAGACCACCUUCAAGCAGAGCUCAAUCAAUUCGUGUUCUAAAUCGAGCAGCUUCGAAUCUGAGUACGGAGACCAAUGCCUGAGUUUUGGAUCGGACCAUUCGGCCGUCCAACCAAGCGACCAAAAGCCAGCGACCCGCCAUGUUGAGCAAGCACAGCUCUCAUGGGUCAACCAUUGCCAUUCCAUCCCUCAGGCCCCUGUGGCGACGCCAUGCUUGAGCCUUUGGAAUCUAAAUGGAGACGAUAUUUUCGCGAACGGAAUAAACUGGGAUGAACUGAGAUCGAUAGUUCACGAAGAGUGAUUCUUCGUGAAAAUUUGUGAGACUGGUGGGAACUGGAAUUGGAGGAUCCGAGCGCAAAUGAGAAGGAUUCGAAUCAAGGGAUGAACAUGAUGCAACUGAAGUUUUCUUCUUCCUUGGAUUUAUUACUAGGAAAUUAGGACAGAUAUGGACCUCCAAUCUUAGUUUGGCAUGGAUGUAAACUUGAACUGACCAGUUUGACAAUAGUAGAUUUUUUUUUUUUUGCCUUGUCACCUGACUUCAUGUGGUUUCGCGGAUGCGCACGUUCUUUGGAUCGACGUGUUGACUUUGACUA